AUGUCUUCAUUUCCAUAUUCAAAAAGGAAAUCGCCAAAAGACGUUGAUGGGUAUGAUCCUCAGAAAGAUGUUUAUGAAGAUGAUGUAGAUCCUGAGGUAGAUAAUGCAGAUUAUAAUUAUCAAGAUUCGAUGUUUAAUGAUGAAGAUUCAAAUCUUUCAAACUUUAAAAGAACCAGAAUCCGUAAAAAAGGAAGAAAAGCAAGAUUUCAAGUUGAUUUAUAUCUCAGGGAUCAGCAAAUUAUGGUCAAUCAAGCAAUAGCAGUAAACCAUCAAACACAAAAUAGUCAUUAUAUAGAAAGCCAGCAAAACCCGUGUCAAGAAAUACGAGCAGCAAUAAUUCCAACAUCCAAUCGGCACAAUUUUAUGACCGACUUAGAAUCAGUUGGUCCAAAUCAUAUUCCCAAUGUAAUCGAUAUUGUUCCAAGAGGAUUUCAUUGA